GGGGUCUCGGGCUUAUCAAGUUCGUCGGUGAGCUGUUCAAGCUGCAGAUGCUGAUGGAGCGUAUCAUGCAUGAAUGUGCCAAGAAGCUCCUGGGCAACAUCGACACCUGAGGAGGAAGAGAUCGAGCGUGGCGUGCUCUUCACGACCGUCGGGCAAUUGCUCGACACGCCGAAGGCUCGCGCGCACAUGGAUGUCUACUUUCGCAACCCGAACGACGUUAUCGAGUUGCGCGAACGCAAGUGGAUACCGCCCGCGGAGGAGACCGCUGCGAAGGAGAAGGACUACCAGCGCACUCUAAGCAUGUCGCGUAACGGCUCCGGGCGUGGCGGCCACCGUGGUGCGCAGUUGCAGGUCGGCCUGGGUCCCGAUGGCUGGUCCGUUGCCGGCAAUGCCCCUUCGCGUAUCAGCAAAACCAACGCCAUAACCUUUGGUCCUACGGGUGUGUUUGCGAAUAAGGACUCCGCAUCAUCGAAUAUGUUCUCGAAGUUGACGGAGAACCCAGAGCCCGGAGCAGAGGCUACGACCGCACGACCGAGUUGGCGACCAAACCACGAGGCUUCUGUCGACUUGGGCUCCGAUGGCUCGCCCGAGGCUCCGCCCCAGCGCAGGAAGCUCAACCUGCUCCCACGUACCCUGCCUCAGCGCAACGAGACGCAGGACCUCUCGAUGUCAGAACCAUCGGACUCCACUGCGCCAUCAAUGUCUGAGGAGGAGGCGAAGACCCGCGUUGUCGAGGACUCAAAAGAGUUCUUCAGCGUCCGCGAUCUGGGCGAGGCUGAGGUGUACUUCAGCAAGCUUCCUUCAGAGCACCAAUGGCUGCUCGUCGACAAGCUCGUAACCUCUGCGAUCGAGUCGAAGGACAGUGACGCGCGACUCGUUGCCGACUUUUUCUCUUGGGCGGUAUCGAACAACCUCUGUUCACCGGAGACCUUCGAGAAGGGCUUCACGCCGACCGCGGACAUCCUUGAUGACAUUGUAGUUGACGCGCCGAAGGCACUCGACCUGAUGGCGAACAUGAUGAAGGGUGCGCAGCUUGACGAGGAGCGACGGACCAGGCUUGCGAGCAAAUCUAUGGACAGUGAUAAGUUAAUCAGCCUGCUAUCAUAGAACAGUAGUACGUCCUCUGCUUCAUUAUCUGUUCCCGUCUCGCUGGUCAUGGUUCGCUCGUCCUCGUGCAUCAUCCGCAUCUUGUUAUCGUUCCACACACGUCUGCGCUGGCUGGCCUGCGUCGCAAUGUACAACAUCCAUAGCUCACUGUCA